CACCAGCAUGAACACGCAUAGGAUUAAGGGUGAAGCAACAUCCUACCUCGACAGGUGAUUUCACUCAUAUCAUGACAAAAUGCUUUUCUUGGCGGUGAAAAUAAAGUGUUGUAGUUAAAGGACACAGUCACCAGGAUGAUGACAUUGCUCCUGUUUGCCUUCUAUCUGGCGUUUACCCCUGAGUGUGCACAAGGGUUAACCCAGGGGUUCACCUGCACUCAGGGGUUAUGUGUGCCUGAGGAUCGUGUGUGUGACUUUACGGACAACUGUGGAGAUGGCAGCGAUGAGAAAAACUGUUCUAGAUAUAAGAGGUGCAACUUUGAGGAGGGAUUCUGUGACCUGAUUCAAAGCUCAGACACGUUAUCUGAAUGGACCAGAACAACUGAAGUCCACAGACUCAAACAUGACCACACCAACGACUCCUCAGCAUAUUUCCUGUCAUUGUUACCUGUUGGAGGAAACAGAACUACAGCAUUCCUGACCAGUCCUACUUUCCUACCCACUCCGACUUGCCAGAUGAGUUUCUACUAUUACGUUGGGGCAACGCAUGGAGAUCUUCAGGUCCUGGUUCAGACUCAUCCAUUUGGUCAGAGCACAGUGUGGACAUUCUCACCACCACAGAUGGAAACAUGGCUGCAGACAGUAAUUCCGUUUUCCAGUAAUCACAGUUUUCAGCAGGUGGUCAUUCGAGGGGAAUUUUCAGCUGACAGCGAAGCUACUGAGGUCCUCGCCAUCGAUGAUCUAUCCUUCAGUCCUGGCUGCCUGACUGUGCCCGAGAUCAGUGUUCCCCGUCCUCCUGUUUGCCCUCCAUCGUGGUUUGCCUGUGGUGGUGGGAAGUGCAUCAAGGAGACCAAAGUGUGUGAUUUUACCCCAGAUUGUCCCCACGGAGAGGAUGAAGCCAGCUGCCCCUCUGAAUGUGACUUUGAGGGUGGGUCUUGUGGCUGGUACGAGCUCACCCUGGGCGAUGGCUUUGACUGGGUCAGGGGUUCCUCUGAGGAGGUGCCUCCCGACUACCUUGACCACCCACCACCUUUGGACCACUCUACAAACGCAACUGAAGGCCACUUUGUGUUCAUAAUGAAAAAUAGCAGCAGCCUAUAUCCGAGAGCAGUUCUCAGAGGACCCUGGUUCCAACAAUCGGCCUCUGGGUGUACUAUGACCUUCUGGCAUUACAACUCAGGCAUAUCUGUAGGCGCUGCUGACAUGUACCUUCGAAUCAAUGGAAUCCACAACAACACUGUCAUAUGGAGAACCUUUUACGACCAGGGAACCCAUUGGAACCAGGUGACGGUGCAGUUGGGACGCAUCACCCAGCCCUUCCAGAUUGCUCUGGCGAAGAUGAGCCUUGGUGUGUUCGAUGGGGUCUCUGCCUUAGAUGAUAUCACCUUCAAAAACUGUUCAAUGCCGGUUGCAGUAGCAGAGUGUCCGCUGUACACACAUUUCCACUGCGUGCAUAGCAACGCGUGUGUUGAGCACCUGCAGCUGUGUGACCUUGUGGAUGACUGUGGGGAUGGAUCAGAUGAGGAGGGAUGUUCUCCAGAGAUGCAGUGUAACUUUGAGGAGGGGCUGUGCAGCUGGAAACAGGAACAGAGUGGAGGAGAUGUGUUUGACUGGACUCAGAUCCAAGGCCCCACUCCAUCCUUUGACACGGGGCCCUGGAAAGACCACACACUGGGCACUAGCCAUGGCCAUUACCUCUACAUCGAGUCAUCUGUCCCCCAGAAAUUUAAAGACACUGCGGUGCUACUGAGCCGAGUCUUUCAACCCACCCACCAGCGUGGCAAGGACCCCUCCAAGUCCCGCCAUCGCUGUGUUUUCCGUUUUCAUUACCACAUGUUUGGAUCACAUGUGUUCUGCUUGGCAGUCUACCUGAGGACCACCUCCACAGGCCGUGGCCAUAUGCUCUGGGUACGAUACGGAGACCAAGGAAACUUAUGGCACAGAAAGACUCUCUACCUCAACAGUGCUCGUCCUUUCCAGAUUUUAAUUGAAGGUACAGUUGGAGAUGAUUUCAAUGGAGACAUUGCCAUUGAUGACAUUUCCUUCCUGGACUGUGUCCCGUAUGAAGGAGAGCUUCCCAUGUUAAAUACCACAAUCCCUGUAGUGACCACUCCCCCACCCACAGUGCAGCCCCACAGCUGCCCUGAUGGAGAGUUUGUAUGUGGGGCACAUGGGGAGUGUGUUCCACAGACCAAAGAGUGUGACUUCAGACCUGAUUGCUCCGAUAGCUCUGAUGAAUUAAACUGCGUGAAGGAACUGUGUGAUUUUGAAAGAGGUGACACUUGUGGUUGGAUGAGUCUCGACCCUUCAUUGGUCCCAAUCCAUGCAUUUCUCUGGUCACCUGAUCAAGGGGAAAGCAUUCAUGAUGGAGAGCAGUACCAUCGUCCUAUCAAUGACCACACCCUAGGCACCCCUGAGGGUUGGUAUAUGUAUGCAGACAGUUCAAAUGGUUGCUAUGGUCAAACCAGUGACCUACUGACACCUGUCAUCUCCUCCACUGGGCCUCAUUGCACCCUCAUCUUCUGGUACCACAUGAGCGGAUUCACUGUAGGAUCACUGCAGGUGCUUUUGAAGAACAGAAACCUCACUCACGUGGUUUGGUCUCAGACUGGUAACCAAGGUAACAAAUGGAGACGAGGAGAAGUAUUUUUGGGUUUAUCAAACAACUUCCAGUUGUUGUUCAGAGCUAAGCGAGGGAUUAGCUACAUGGGUGAUGUGGUGAUAGACGAUGUCAGCUUCAUCGACUGCACCCCCCCGCUUCCCUCAGAUCAACCAUGUACACUUGAGCAGUAUGCCUGUGCCAAUGGCAACUGCAUCCCUCAGGACAACCUGUGUGACUUCAUCAACCACUGCAGGGACAACUCUGACGAGGACCCCUUCAUCUGUAAGGGCUUUAGUGGACGCUGCAAUUUUGAGUUUGACCUCUGUUCCUGGCGCCAAUGCCGACAGGAUGACUUUGAUUGGCUCAUCAAAGCGGGCAGCACUCCGACAGUUGGCACCGGGCCGUCAAGUGACCACACCCUAAGAGACCCCUCAGGGCACUAUCUCUACCUUGAGAGCUCUUUCCCGCACUCAGUUGGAGACAUCGCCUGUAUAUCAGGACCCCUGCUAAGCCGCAGCAGCUCACAGUGCAAGAUGCGUUUCUACAUUCAUAUGUCCGGAGACGGCAUUGGGACCCUCAGCGUGUUCAGGAAAAGUGAAGGAAACCUUCACCUCCUGCUGAACCUGACCGGAGACCAGGGCAACUACUGGCAGAUGAGGGAGAUCCCGCUGAGCCACACUAGAGACUUCCAGGUCAUGUUUGAGGGCAAAGUUGGCCGAAGUUCUAAGGGUGACAUCUGCCUGGAUGACAUCACUUUCUCUCCAGGGUGUCUGCUCACCUCCUCUGCUAGAUUAGAAGACAACACUCCUGUGCCUCCUGCAGGCUCCUGUCCUUUAGGCUUCCUGCUGUGUGACAAUGGCCGAUGUUUCUCUCCGGGUCAGAGUUGUGACUUCACAGAUGACUGCGGUGACGGCACUGAUGAAAAGGAUUGUGGGACUUCCUGUUCCUUUGAGGGCGGUCGCUGUGGCUGGAAGAGCUCUUUGGCUGAUAAUUUUGACUGGACGCUUGGGACUGGGUCUGUCCAAAGUAUACGGCCCCCAUACGAUCACACGCUGAUGGAUGAAAACGGCCAUUUCGUCUAUCUGGAAGCCACACCGGUGGGACUCAAAGGCGAUAAAGCUCAUAUAAGAAGUUCUGUUUGGAAAGAGUCCAGUCCCAUCUGUAAGCUUUCCUUCUGGUAUUACAUCUCCCACAAAGCCUCAGGAACCAUCCGGCUGCUGAUCAAGAAAGAGAAUGAUUUGUUGGAAGUGUGGAAUAAAACGGGGCAUCAGGGGAAUAAAUGGAACCGAGUUGAGAUCCCCCUGAGGAAGCUGAGGAACUUUGAGGUGAUAUUUGAGGGGAUUCGCUCGGGGGAUGUGAGCGGUGGAGCUGCCCUGGAUGACCUGGAGUUCAUAGACUGUGCCCCAAAUGCUGUGGCGCCAGCCAGCUGUCCUGCAGUCACAGACUUUGUGUGUCACAAUGGUGACUGCAUUGAAUCCCACCUGGUGUGCGACAACAAGGCUGACUGUGCUGAUGAAUCAGAUGAGAUAAAUUGUGACCAUAUAGUUGGCUCACCAGGUGCCUGUAAUUUCAACAUGGAUGAAAACCAGUGGGAAGAUAUGUGCCAGCUUUUUCAGGACCCUGAUGAUGACUUUGAUUGGAGGAUAGGUCACCAGACUGAGACGACAGGAGGUGGACCUCACACUGACCACAGUCCGGGUGGUGGAGGGAACUUCUUGUAUAUACACUCAGCCAUUCAGAGGGAGGGUGACGUUGCCAAGCUGACAACCAGGCGUUCAUUCCCAGCCAGCAUCGGCCUGUGUCACCUUCGCUUCUGGUUCUUCAUGCAUGGCUCAGACAGGAUGGGAACACUGAAGGUCUACACUGUGGGACCUAGUGGUACCAGUCUGUUGAUGUGGGUGGCAACUGGAAACCAUGGGAACCAGUGGGCAUACGCUAAUGUUAUCCUGUCCAACUCAGCACCUUUCAGAGUGACCUUCCAGACAGAGGUGGGUGGAGACAUGUGGACAGACAUCGCCCUAGAUGACAUCUCCUACACUAUAGAGUGUAUGGUCGGAGGACCAGUAACUCCUCAGCCUCUGACCUGUGGGGUGGAUCAGUUCCAGUGUGCAUACUCCUUUCAGUGCAUCCCCGAGAGCUGGUGGUGUGACGGAGAGCCUGACUGUGCUGAUCAGUCUGACGAAAAGCAUUGUCUGACAUCGGUUCCUGGAACUCUUCCUCCUCAAGACCUCUGCCCUACUGGGUAUUAUCAGUGUUCAAACUCUCUCUGCCUCCCGUCCAUACUGCGCUGUGACAGCAUCCCCGACUGCCCUGACGGAGAGGAUGAGUAUAGUUGCCCUCUGCUGCAGUGUGAGCUUGGAGAACUGGUGUGUGAAGAAGGUUCACGUGGUUGUAUCCCACUUCAGAAGCGCUGCGACCACUCAGCCGACUGUCUGCCUUUCCAAUCUGAUGAGUCCAGCUGCCAUGCUUGUCCUCCAAUGUACUGCCUGGAUCAUGGCUCAUGCCUUGUGCAGAGAAACGGGCCUGUUUGCAUGUGUCAUCCAGGAUGGACAGGAAACCGUUGCCACGUGAGGGAGAAGCCGUGUCUCUCCACAGCGACACCCAAACCAGAGGACACGCCGAUGGAUGUUGUGUAUGUUGGCAUCACCAUCGGACUGCUGCUGCUCGUAGCUGGAGUCGCUGUCUGCGUCCUGGCUUCAUACAAGGAAAAAUGCUACUUAAUAAAGACUGACCAGAUGGACUAUGGCGUGACAGAUGAACCAGCCUUUCACUGGAGAGCAGAGCUACCGUCCCUAGAUGAAAGACCAUGCGUUUUUCCCAGAGUCAACCCCGGGAAGAGUGAUGGCCGGGGGCUUUCCAUCAGCGUCUACCCCUGGUGGAGAGAGGUGGAGCAGGGUUCAACCUGGAAAGGAGCCAACCUGUCCUUCACCAACCCAUUGUACAAUUACCCCCCUGAAGCGAAUGGAACUGAACACAAAAGCUCUGAAGCAUAAAAACAAUGGACUUCAAAUAUUUGACACUGCAGUAGAUUCAGACUGUGCAAAUACUUGAUGAGUUUGUUUUGUCCUGCUGAGGUGCCAAAUGGAGGGAAACAAUUCAAAGAAAGUGUUUGAAAGUAAUUUCUGAUAUUACUGUAAUCAACAGCCAAAUUAUUUGGAUUAUGUAUGAUACCCUAUUGAUAUUGUACUAUAUAUUCAAUGAAAAGCUACUCAACAAUUUACCCACUUAAAUAAACCUUUAAAAUCUCAAAAGCAAUAAUCAACAUUCAGAAGUAAAGUGACAGGAUUGAUCCCACUGUCAUGUCUAUACAGAAGUUAUGUACAGCCAGAAGUCACUUAGCUUAGCUUAGCAUAAGGACUAGAAACAGGGGGAAUCUUCUAGCCUGGCUCCAGCCAAGGCAACAAAAUCCACCUGUGAAAAUCCCAAUAAAAUAUUUUACAGAUUGAGA